AUGGCGGCGUCCUGGUGUUGGAGGCUCGUUCCUCGCUGUCGGGGGCGGUCACUACACUCAGCGGCCGACGUGGCCGUCUUGGCUCCGGAAACAACUGGCCCAGAUGUCGCGUCGGUUCCCGCUGUGCGUUACCCGCCGAUUGUGGCUUCCCUAACAGCCAAAAGCAAGGCGGCCCGUCAGCGGAGGAUAGAGAGGUGGCAUGCUUCCGCACACGCAGCGGAGACGGUGGAUCAGAAGUUGCGAAUCCUCACGAAGAUGCAGUUCAUGAAGUACGUGGUUUACCCGCAGACUUUCGCUCUGAACGCUGACCGCUGGUACCAGGGCUUUACCAAGACCGCGUUUCUUUCCGGCCUGCCACCGGCGGCGGAGCCCGCGCCUGUACUGGAGUUAGCCACCUUGCGCGCGGCCGCCUGUGACUGCCUCCUGCAGGAGCACUUCUACCUGCGGCGGAGGCGGCGCGUGCCUCUCUAUCAGAAUCUCGAGACGACCGCCUCGCCCUUUCUGGACCAGCUGGUGGCCGCCCUCGUGGGCCUGCUCAGCCAGCACAACCCGGCGUUGGCAGCCGCUGCCCUCGAUCGUAGACGCCCGGUUCAUUUUUAUUGGAUACGUGGUGAAGAAAUUAUUCCUUGUGGGCAUCGAAAGGGUCGAGUUGAUGCUUUGCGAUACCAGAUAGAUGAUAAACCACACAACCAGAUUCGAAUAUCCAAGCAGCUUCCAGAGUUUGUACCACUGGAUUAUUCUGUUCCUGUAGAAAUCCCUGUUAUAAAGUGUAAGCCAGACAAGCUUCCAUUAUUCAAACGGCAAUAUGAAAACCGGAUAUUUGUUGGUUCAAAGACAGCAGAUCCAUACUGCUAUGGUCACACUCAGUUUCAUUUGUUACCUGACAAGUUAAAAAGGGAAAGGCUUUUGAAAAAAAACUGCGCCGAUCAGAUAGAAGUUGUAUUUCGAGCUAAUGCUAUUGCAAGUCUUUUUGCUUGGACUGGAGCACAAGCUUUGUAUCAAGGAUUCUGGAGUGAAGCAGAUGUUACUCGGCCUUUUGUAUCCCAAGGCGUGAUCACAGAUGGGAAAUACUUUUCCUUUUUCUGUUACCAGUUAAAUACUUUGGCACUGACUGUACAAGCUGACCAAAAUAACCCUCGUAUAAACAUAUGUUGGGGGACACACAGUAAGCCUCUGUAUGAAACAAUAGAAGAUAAUGAGGUGAAAGGUUUUAAUGAUGAUGUUCUACUUCAAAUAGUUCACUUUCUACUGAAUAGGCCAAAAGAAGACAAAGCACAGCUGUUGGAAAACAAACAAAACAUUUGAUUCAGGACUUUGGGGCUACUUAUUCUCACUGAAGUAACAAUUAAAGGAAUUUUAUUAAUGAGACUUGUAAUGGCCAUAUAUUAACUGCAAUCAUUUUU